AUGAUUUCGUAUGGACAUGGUCAUCCAGACACAGACGCCUCAUUAACCGACCCGAUGAGUAGGACGGCUGCACCCCGUCAGACAGCGGGUGGCUUGGUCAUCGGAGCAAAAUGGCACUCCUCCAGGUGGACAUACCAUCGGAGUGUGGUCCUCCCUAACGCUGCAUCCGAGGGUAUAUACCCAACAGUCGCGCACCUAGACAACUCCUGUCUGCGCAUCUCGGGCGUAUGUGCCUCAAAUUACGGGACAAAUAUCUUAUCAAGCUUUCCAAUGGUCAUGCAUGGUCAGGGACGUGAGGAUGUUAUUCAGCUUCCAUUGCGUAGCGGCCGCGCGGCUCGUUGA